AUGUGUGGCAUCUUCGCCUGCCACGCACACCCGGAUGUGCAAAAAUUCAAGCCCACCGCCCUCCGGCUCGCAAAAGCGAUCCGACAUCGGGGUCCCGAUUGGAGCGGAAGCGUGACUUGCAACCAGACGAUAUUGUGCCAUGAGCGUCUCAGUAUUGUUGGUGUUGAGAGCGGUGCCCAGCCCCUUACCAACGAGGAUGAGAGCAUCAUUCUGGCCGUCAAUGGCGAGAUCUACAACCACAGGCUGGUCCGUAAGAGCUUGAAGACCCCAUACCACUUCAAGACAACAUCCGACUGCGAGGUCAUCAUCCCUCUGUAUAUGGAACAUGGCCUCGACGCGCCCAAGUACCUGGAUGGCAUGUUCUCAUUUGUCCUGUACGACAAGAAGCAGAACCGCACGAUAGCCGCACGAGACCCCAUCGGAGUUACGACCUUCUACCAGGGUUGGUCGUCCUCAGAGCCGGGCGCGGUUUACUUUGGAUCCGAGCUCAAGUGCCUCUACCAGGUUUGCGAUAAGAUUGAGGCAUUCCCUCCCGGUCACAUCUAUGACAGCUUGACCGGCGAGAGGACUCGCUACUUCCAACCAACAUGGUGGGACCCAAAGAGGGUACCGGAAACACCACUCGAUCUCACAAAGUUGCGCGAGGCGUUGGAGAAGUCGGUCAGGAAACGUCUUAUGGCCGAGGUGCCGUACGGUGUUCUUCUGUCAGGUGGUUUGGACUCAAGUCUGGUGGCAUCAAUCGCUCAGCGUGAGACAAAGCGCCUGAAGAAGCUUGCGAUUGAGGCUGGUCUUGAGGACUUGCCUGCCGAGCCAACAGGAAACCAUGACCAGGGCGAGGGUCUUGUGGGAAUUGACGACGAGAACAAGUUGUCAACCAUGACCUACCUUCCUCAGCUCAACUCGUUCUCGAUUGGUCUGCCAGGCUCGCCCGACAACAAGGCAGCCCUUGAGGUGGCUAAGUUCCUGGGCACAAAGCACCAUGUUAUGACCUUCACAAUCGAGGAUGGUCUCAACGCUCUUUCGGACGUCAUUUACCACCUUGAGUCUUACGACGUGACCACGAUCCGAGCAUCAACCCCCAUGUACUUGCUUUCUCGUAAGAUCAAGGCUAUGGGUAUCAAGAUGGUGUUGAGCGGCGAGGGCAGCGACGAGGCCUUUGGUGGCUAUCUCUACUUCCACAAUGCCCCUGACAAGGAUGCUUUCCACGACGAGACGGUCCGUCGCGUCAAGAACUUGCACCUGUCCGACUGCUUGCGUGCCAACAAGUCGACAUCAGCCUGGGGAUUAGAGGCUCGUGUGCCAUUCCUUGACAAGGAGUUCCUUGAGCUGGCCAUGAACAUUGAUCCCAAGGAGAAGAUGAUCACCAAGGAGCGCAUCGAGAAGUACAUUGUCCGCAAGGCGUUCGACACCUCUGACGACCCCAACGCCGAGCCGUACCUGCCAGAUAACAUCCUUUGGCGCCAGAAGGAGCAGUUCUCUGACGGUGUGGGCUAUGGCUGGAUCGACGCACUCAAGGACAAUGCCGAGAUCCAAGUGACCGACGAGAUGAUGAAGAACCCCAAGCCCGAGUGGGGAGACGACAUCCCAGACACUAAAGAGGCUUACUGGUACAGGUGCAUGUUUGACGAGCACUUCCCUCCACACUGCGCCUCGACGGUGGAGCGCUGGACCCCGACGUGGUCUAAGCAGACCGAUCCCAGUGGCAGAGCCAUCGCGGUCCAUGCUGCCAAGUAUGACCACAUCAGCGAGUAA